UAUACCGUCUGCGCAGCACGCGGGCUCUUUACACAAACGGACCGGAAGUGGUCCCGCCAUGUUUACGUUCCGCCAUGAGUCUUUUUUAAUACAAGGGAAUGUGCGAAUGUACUUUCAUAUGUGUGUGCAAACAUACUAAUAAUGAUAAAUAAAAGGACGAAUCCAUACAACAUUGAACGUUUUUUGUUUGCAGGUUCACUUUACACCGCUGGUAAGACUCUAAAUGACUCUGCUUUUGGUUAAAGAUGUCCCGUGAGCGGGAUAAGAGUCAAAGCUGGGACUGGGACAGUCGUCAGUGUCGAGCACAACUGGAUGAGAUAUUUUUCCGCCAACAUGAUUACAUUCAGACCGGCAGCGCUGAACACAGGGAAUUCUGGACCUUCUUUGAGCGUUUCCAACGGUUUACAGCCAAGAGAGACAUGUCAGGAUCCAAAUCCAGCAGACAAGAAUCACACGAAAAAAAGGCCAAUAAAAAGUCUGGAUCUGUAGAUCUGGGACUCCCAAAGGACUAUGACGCCAGAUACAGGAUCAACGUUUCAGUGUGCUCAAAAGAUGUGGAGGAGCGCUUGGGAAGAUCAGAUCACAAGAAACGCAGGGAGACGUCAGGUCCUGGACGUCAGGAGAUCACAGACUGUCGCAAUGCCCUGCUUCAUUUCUUAGACUUCAACCAGAAACAGAGCUUCAGUAAGCUUGCUAAAUUAAGAAAAGAACAGAAGAGCCUGCCCAUCUUCCAGUACCGUGAUAAGAUUGUGGAGCUGGUGAGGACUCAUCCUGUGGUGGUGGUGGCUGGAGACACGGGCUGUGGAAAGUCCACACAGGUUCCGCAGUACCUUAUGACAUCAGGGUUCAAUUACAUAGCCUGUACUCAACCACGCCGCAUUGCUUGCAUCUCACUGGCCAAGAGAGUCAGUUUUGAGAGUCUCAACCAGUUUGGCUCGAAGGUCGGGUACCAGAUCCGCUUUGAGACCAGCCGCACCACAGCUACCAAACUCCUGUUUCUGACCGAGGGUCUCCUGCUCAGGCAGAUCCAGCAGGAUGCAUCUCUGGGUCAGUAUCAAGUGUUAAUCGUGGACGAGGUGCACGAGCGACACCUGCACUGUGACUUUCUGCUUGGAGUUCUGCGUUCACUUCUGCCCCUGCGACCGGAUCUGAGACUGGUCCUCAUGUCGGCCACCAUCAACAUUAAACUCUUCUCAAACUAUUUCAACGAUGCACCUGUUCUGCAGGUGCCGGGGAGACUCUUUCCCAUUCAGGUGAUCUACCAGCCCAUUCCUCCAGAAGAGCAGGGGUCCCGCUCAGAGAAACUAGACCCGCGGCCGUAUCUGCGUGUGCUGCAGGGUAUUGACCAGCGCUAUCUGACGGAGGAGAGGGGAGACCUGUUGCUCUUCCUCAGUGGUGUGGCUGAGAUUUCAACCAUCCAAGACGCCUGCCAGACUUACGCCACACACACCCAGCGCUGGAUUGUCCUUCCUUUGCACAGCACGCUCUCAUUGGCCCAACAGGAUAAGGUAUUUGACAUUGCCCCCCCAGGCGUGAGGAAGUGCAUCAUUUCUACAAACAUCGCUGAGACUUCGGUCACUAUCGAUGGAGUGCGCUUUGUGGUAGAUUCAGGUAAAGUGAAAGAGAUGAGUUUCGACCCAAAGGCUAAGAUGCAGAGACUCCAGGAGUUCUGGAUCAGCAGAGCCAGUUCAGAACAGAGGAAAGGACGUGCUGGCAGAACCGGUCCGGGAAUCUGUUACAGACUCUACUCUGAGUCCGAUUACGAUGCAUUCGCUCCGUAUCCUGUUCCUGAGAUCCACAGGGUGGCGCUGGACUCCCUCGUUCUACAGAUGAAGAGUAUGGGUGUGGGAGACCCUCGCUCCUUCGUCUUCAUAGACCCUCCACCUGCUUCCAGCAUCCAGACUGCAGUGACCUAUCUGAGAGAACAGGGGGCGCUAGAUGAACACGGAGAACUGACUCCCAUUGGCCGGCUGCUGGCUCAACUUCCUGUGGAUGUGGUCAUUGGAAAGAUGUUGGUGUUGGGUUCAGUCUUUAAGCUGGUGGAGCCCGUGUUGACAGUUGCCGCCGCGCUGAGCGUUCAGUCUCCGUUCUUACGCAGUGCUCAGCACAACCCUGACUGCUCCACCGCUCGCCAGCCUCUGCAAAGCAACCAGGGAGACCCCUUUACUCUUCUCAACACUUUUAAUGCCUGGGUGCAGGUGAAGAAGGACAGAGGAAGUGGCUCCAGGAAGUGGUGUAGGAGGAGAGGGCUGGAGGAACAGAGGCUGUAUGAGAUGGUCAACCUGAGACGACAGUUUAAAGAGCUCCUGCGGACUCACAGCCUUCUCGAGGAUGAUUCCGGCAGCAGGACAGGGCUGCAGGACCGAGCCCAACGCAGAGAGAGACGAACCGAAAGACAGAAACUUCACCAGCUGAAACGUGAUCAUGAGUUCCAGGAGAACACAAAGAGGAAAGUUCUGCGUCUGGAGGAGGGGCUGGAGGGUGACGGCUCGUCUGGGUCAGAUGAUGAGAGAACAACCUCAAACAAGAGGAAGAAAGAUGAACAGACUGUGGACAUACAGGAAGUCAAGUUCAAAUUGCGUCACAACGUAAAUGAGCUCCAGGAAGCAGCGAACGCCAGCGCAGAUCUGUCGUCAAGGCAACAGUCUCUGCUCAAACUGGUGCUGUGCCGUGGACUCUACCCACAGCUUGCCACGCCGGAUGAACAUAACGCAACACGCAAAGACUCCGACCAGGUUUUCCACACACGUAACAAGCAAGGUGUCGUGAUCCACCCAACCAGUGUGUUUGCCAGCGACCCUGAAGUUCUGCAAGUCUCUGAGCAGGAGUCGAGUGCUGAUAAAGGCCAGAGCAACAGACACCAGUUACUGGCUUUCGUUACUUUACUAGAAACCAACAAGCCUUACGUCUCAAACUGCGUUCGGGUUCCGGCCCUGCAGGCCCUGCUGCUGGUGGCUAACUCUGUGGACACAAACGCAGACUGCACACGGGUGGUGGUGGAUGGCUGGUUGGAGUUGGGAUUAACUGAUGGAGAUAUGGCCCUGAAGGUGCUCUCCUCUGCCAUCACUCUGCGGGGGGAAUGGGAGAGACUGCUACAGGCCCAGCUCGGUCAGGGUGGUCCGGGUUCAAGGGCUGGGCUAGGUGGACCCAAACCGUCCCGCAGGGAUCUGGACAAGCUCUGUGAGGGUCUUGUGCGAUUUUUACUCUAUACUGAGGUGAGUUACAGUCUGAGGCGUCUGACAGGGCUGCAGUCUCAGAACCUGUACAUCGGACCUCAGCAGAACACUGAUCUCUCCAGUUCUUCAGCUCUGGGCUUUCUGUUUCCUGGGAUGAAGACAGAGCCAGAUCCUAUUAAAGGGGGCUUGCGUGUCUCCCACUUCUUCACCUACAACUGCUUAUGUGACUCAAUGGACCUGUACAGUGAAUGUCUGCGCACUUUUUGGAGCUGCCCUCACUGUGACCUUUACAUGCCCCUGACGCCAUUGGAGCGCAUGCAGCAUGAGGCCACCUGCAGGCCGGCAGAGGAACAGCAGCCUGAAGAAGACACUGAAAGUGCCCAGACAUCUGCAUCAUCUUCAUCUGGUUUGACCAGAGUCUAUCACUGUGAUGUAUGUAAUAAAGACUUAACUCUCACCUCAACUGAGAUCCUGAAACACAAACGGCAGCAUCUGUCCUGAGCUCACACAGGGCACAUCCUUCUCUCUGAGCGCAGCUUCACCCUUUUCAUUUUUCUGAUAGCAUAUUGAGACUCUUUACAUGUCAGUAACAGUUUUUAAAAGUAAAUGUGUUUCUGAAAGCUUUCUUGAUAUAUUCAUUCUCAAUGCUUUUGGUCGAGUUGGUCCUGAAAUUGCAAUACACUGUUGUGAAGUGAUCACUUUUGCGCCCUCCGGUGGACACUUAAAAAAUGUGUCUUGUAAAAAAAUGUGGGGCUUAUAUUUAGAAAACCCUUCUACUGUCAUGUCAAUAAAAAAAAACAUUCUCAAUACUGUAGUGCAAAACGGAUAGUUGUCAUUUAUACAUAUUUUAAUAAAAAUACAAGAAUUUGCAAUACAAUAA